AUGGCUACAUUCUCGGGUUGCAAAGAAUUCCAUAUGGACGAUAUGGCUUUGGCAUUCAUCUUGGCUGACAAAGGGUUUGAUGUAUGGCUUGCGAACACUCGAGGAACAGACUCUAGUCGUGGACACAAAUCACUUAGUGCUAGUGAUCCUGCUUACUGGGAGUGGACAUGGGAACAGUUGGCAACUUAUGAUCUUCCCGCUUUGUUCGAUUAUGUGAACAACCAUACAGGACAACAAUCACAUUAUGCAGGUCAUUCCUUGGGAACGUUAACAGUACUAGCCGCCUUGUCCCAACAAAAAUUGAGAAACUCAAUAAGGUCAGCUGCUUUGCUUAGCCCAAUUGCUCAUCUUCGUCACAUAUCCACACCAUUUGUAAGAGUUUCUACUCAAACGUAUAUGGCUGAGCAAUUCUACAUCUAUGGUCUUCGAGAAUUUCCUCCGCUAGGGCAAUUAGAACAAACUCUGCAAACCAUUCUUUGCAUACAUCCGGGAGUGGAGUGCUCCAACAUUAUGGCUGCUAUAACAGGUCCAAAUUGUUGUUUAAAUCCUUCAAGUUUAGCUCUUUACUAUAGACAUACACCCCAAUCGACUUCGACAAAGAAUGUGGUGCAUUUGUCUCAGUUGAUCAGAAGUGGAACCGUAAGGAUGUUAUUUGACUACACUCUUCCAUUUACAAAUAUGCAGCACUACGGACAGUUUACUCCUCCAGUGUACAACAUGACAGACAUACCAAAGGACAUUCCUCUUUUCCUCGGUUUUGGAGGGAGAGAUGCACUCUCAGACGUUCACGAUGUGAAAGUUUUGCUUCGUGACCUCAGAAAUCAUGAUAAAGACAAGCUUGUGGUAGAGUACAUACAGGAGUAUGCUCAUAUGGACUUUAUUUUGGGUUGGAAUGCCAAUCAGAAAGUUUAUGAUCCUAUGCUCAAUUUCUUCGGGCAACAUUGA